UUAUUUGACGGCUUGGGCCCUUUCAUCCAUACACGUGAAGCUGCCGUGUCGCUGAGAUCCCUCGUUUUGGCGCACAAUUGGUUGAAGCAGAAUGCCGUCCGACGCCAAGAAGAAGCAACAGCAGAAGAAGAAGGAGGCUGCCAAGGCGAGGCAGACAGGCAAAAAGCCAAACAUUCAGGCGAAACCUGAGGACGUGAAGGAAGGAACUCCACCCGGAGAGGUACAAAAUGGUACCAAUGGGGCUAUCUCUGCUGAAGAGGCCCUCUGCAUGAAGCUAGAGGCAGACGCCCGCCUCAACGCCGAGGCCCGUUCGUGCACAGGGAGCCUCGCGUCUCACCCCCGCAGUCGAGACAUAAAAAUCUCCACCUUCUCCAUAACCUUCCACGGUUGUGAGCUUCUCCAGGACACGAUGCUGGAGUUGAACUGCGGCCGACGUUACGGUCUGCUGGGUCUCAACGGCUCGGGCAAGUCCACUCUCCUCUCAGUGGUGGGUAACCGUGAGGUGCCCAUUCCAGAGCAGAUCGACAUAUUCCAUCUCUCCCGAGAGAUGCCAGCCAGCAACAAAACAGCUCUCGAAUGUGUCAUGGAGGUCGAUGAGGAGCGAGUUCGUCUUGAAAAAUUGGCGGAGGAGUUGGUGGAUUGUCCUGAGGAGGACGCCCAGGAGCAGCUGAUGGACGUGUACGAGAGACUGGACGACAUGUCCGCUGAUACUGCCGAGGCACGUGCCGCCCACAUUCUUCAUGGUCUUGGUUUCACCCCAAAGAUGCAGAGAACUCCCACCAAAGACUUCUCCGGAGGCUGGAGGAUGCGCAUCGCUCUGGCACGUGCACUCUACGUCAAACCUCAUUUACUUCUUCUAGACGAGCCCACGAAUCAUCUCGAUCUUGACGCCUGCGUCUGGCUGGAAGAGGAGCUGAAGACGUACAAGCGAAUUCUUGUCAUCAUAUCUCAUUCACAGGAUUUCUUGAAUGGUAUCUGUACGAAUAUCAUUCAUCUGAAUAAAAAACAGCUGAAAUAUUACACUGGAAACUACGAGGCAUUCGGUAAAACAAGAAUGGAGCUCCUGGAGAACCAGGCGAAGCAGUACAACUGGGAGCAAGAUCAGAUCGCUCACAUGAAGAAUUACAUCGCUAGGUUUGGUCACGGAUCGGCAAAACUUGCAAGACAGGCUCAGUCCAAGGAGAAGACACUGGCGAAGAUGGUGGCACAAGGGCUGACUGAGAAGGUCACCAGUGACAAAGUGCUCAACUUUUAUUUUCCAAGCUGUGGGGGAAUUCCACCGCCUGUUAUCAUGGUGCAGAACGUCAGCUUUCGGUAUAAUGAUGAUUCUCCCUGGAUUUAUAAGAAUCUUGAGUUCGGGAUUGAUUUGGAUACGAGGCUGGCCCUCGUCGGGCCCAAUGGAGCGGGGAAAAGCACGCUCUUGAAACUGCUUUAUGGAGAUUUGGUCCCAAGUAGUGGAAUGAUUCGCAAGAACUCUCAUCUCCGAAUUGCGAGAUACCACCAACAUCUUCAUGAAUUAUUGGACCUUGACAUGUCCCCCCUUGACUACAUGAUGAAGGCCUUCCCGGAUGUCAAGGAGAGGGAGGAGAUGAGGAAAAUCAUUGGACGUUAUGGUCUCACUGGUCGUCAGCAGGUCUGCCCAAUCAGGCAAUUGUCCGAUGGACAACGCUGUCGAGUGGUGUUUGCAUGGCUUGCCUGGCAGGUGCCACAUCUACUCCUGCUGGACGAACCUACGAAUCACUUAGACAUGGAGACAAUCGAUGCUCUCGCCGAUGCUAUCAAUGAUUUUGACGGUGGAAUGGUCCUCGUUUCUCACGACUUCAGACUUAUUAAUCAAGUCGCCGAAGAAAUUUGGGUAUGUGAGAAUGGAACAGUGACAAAAUGGCAAGGUGGAAUAUUGAACUACAAGGAGCACCUCAAGUCUAAAGUUCUGAAGGACAACCAGAAGAGAGAGAAGGAAUUCAUGAACCGAGGCAAAUAAUCAUUAAUCUCCAUUUUUUGAUGAACGAAGAAAGAAAACCCGAAAAGAACGAUAUCUACUUCUUGGUUCCAUUGCCGUCAACCACAUCCAAUGUAUGAAUCGAAAUUCAUUCAUCGUCUGGUUCAGCGCUGCUGUGUAGCGUUCAAACGGAUGGGUUCAUGCCUACCUAGCUAAUUUAUUUAAAUAAAAUGGUAAAAAUGAAUUUGUCAUCGACAACCACGUGCAGAAAAUCAUUGUUAUCAGUGAAUUUUGAAUAUGGUGAUAACAGUGCGGAUAAAAUGAGUGGAUGCAUUUCACGUGUGAUCAUCACAAUUAAAUGUCCACGAGCAUUUUUCCCACACUCUGGAACAUAAUAAAUUGAUUAAUGAAAUUUUAAAAUAAUUACUACUGUAUUAAAUAAAGAUACACCGAUUGAGGGAGAAUUAAAUAAUGUUAUACUAUUUUA